ACGAAGCUCUGGGUUAUUCUUGAAUUAAUUGUGUAUUGCAGUCACCCAGUAGCAGAAAGCCUUUACACCUCAUUUUAAAAGCAACCACUUAAGUACUGUAUUGUUAAAGCAUUUAUUUGUAGGAAACAAUGAGUGUACCAACUGUAAUAAGCUCUGAUAAACUUUCCAAAUAUGAUACUGUACAGGAACAGUCACCGAAACAAACUAUCCCUCUGAAAGAACUGACACACAUAGAAAACAGGCUAACUUCUGUACUCAGUCCACGGGGAUUUGAAUGCCACCCUUUUAAAAUAGGUUGGUAUAAUGAGCAGGUUGCACCAUGUUUCCGUCUGCCAUACCAUGAUGACACCUUAUCAUUUGUUAUCAUUAGCACGCCAAGUAUGUUUGAGAAAGCGUUCAUUCCAUUUUUGGCAACGGUGGAUGACUUAAAGAUCAAACAGGAUCCAUUAGACCAGUGCAUGGUCCAGUGCUUUACUCCAGUAAAAGAAGAAUUCCCGGGCAUCAGCAUUGAAACCAUCCAUGAUUUUGAAAUGACACCAAAUAAGCGACCCAAGAUCCUCGUCCAAACAGCGGGUCACAUUGCUGGUGCUGUUCGCCUUUAUCAGCGGAAGGACUUGACAUCAGACCCUUGGGAUCCCAUGAAAAAGGUGUUUGGCGUGUGUCUCCAUCCACAUUACGGAGGCUGGUUUGCCCUACGUGGUGUCAUCACAUACACAUCCCUCCAUUGCCCAGAACUACCUAGACAACAACCCAGGGACAUAUUGACAACAGAAGCUGAUGUCAUUGAACUGUUGCAGCGUUACAAUGACCACUGGCAGGACUGGUCAUUUAGGGACAUUAUCCCAGUUAAAGAAAAAUAUUCCCAAGAACAGAGAGAAUAUUUCAGUACCAAACCAGGGGACAGACAGAAGUUGAUUGAAAAAUAUUGCAAUUCACUGAAAAUUAAUGCCAAAGCUUGAAAUUAUCACCAUGUAAUUAUAACAUUCAUACAGUUUUAUGGUAAUUAAAUACACUGUAUGUUUUCAGAUUACAGGUUAUAGAAUAUUGUACAGUAAGAUCUCAUAUUUUGCGCGAUUUCAUUUCGCAUUUUUUUAUUUCGCGAGCACUACCUAAUGUAACCAAGUCUUAUAUUUGGUGUAAAAUAUUUUGAAUUUCGCGAGAUCCAGCCAGCUGAAUGCUGGCCACCGCCUUGAAUGACAUCACAGCCCUCAUACCAGUUAGUCAUUUCUGCUACAUCGCAUGUUUUGUCAACGCGAAUUGGUUGUAAUGCGAUUGAUGAAUAGGGGAAUGCUGCUUAUAAAACGUGAACUUUUGCAUAUGAAUGAUGGCUGUAGUGAGAUUCCAUCCUCAAUGUUUUUAUUCCAUUCUCAACGUUUUAAGCAUGGCACAAGGUUAUGCAAUGUUUACAGAUCACGUUCGACAUCACGUGUUCAAUUGAUUCGUGUCUUUUGUUUGUGAAGUGUUUUA